GACCAUGAUUGGUAAUGGAGAGCGUUGUUCAUCAUCAAACCCACGAAGCAGAGACGAUGUAGGCUGGGGCCUAAAUUCUAGUGGGAGAGCUGGAGCUCCGAGGAAGAAGAAAUGGGUUGCCCCAAUUUGUUAUUGUGGUUCUCAUGCAAUAUUGUUCAUGUCAGGGACGGUGAAGAAUCCAGACAGAUUAUUCUUUCGCUGCCCAAAAUUCAAGACUGGAAAAUGGCAUUGCAACUUCUUUGCAUGGCUAGAUGAUUAUGUAUCUUCAUGUGGUGAGGAUGCUAACAAGGCUGUGUCAUUUGGGGCAUCAAAGCAGAAGCAUAAUCGAUUGGAAGGCCAUGGUUAUGUGGUGGAUAACAAAGUUAAUGAGUUGGAGGAAAGAUUAAUUGAUUUGGAGGAUCAGUUAGAUUACUGCAAACUGAAAAUUGGGUGA